UAGAGCGCCUCGCCGCGUCGCGAAGCUCCGAUCUACUAGUCAGUCGGUCCCAGUCCGUCAGUCGGUGGCGAGCGCGGUCCGGUCCAGCCGCGCACGGUCAUACUCCACGCGCAGGGCGGCAGGGCCGUAGGCAGCGCACGGGGUAGCGGCAGCGACGACGCGGCGCGGAGUCUCGACACGGCACUGGAAGAAAGGCGGGAAAGGGACUAACCAGAGCAGACUUCCGGCAGGCACUCCAUCGGCAUGGCUGGCGCGCGAGGCGCGACGCUGGCGCUCGGCCUCCUGGUGGUGCUGGCGGCAUGCCGCGGCCCCGCGCCCGCCGACGCGCUGCGGGUGCUGGGGCUGUUCCCGCUGCCCGCCCACAGCCACUUCUUGAUGUUCAAGGCGCUGGCGGAGGGGCUGGUGGAGAGCGGCCACGAGGUGGUGCUGUUCAGCCCGUUCCCCAACAAGAAGGCCGUGGCCAACUGGACCGACAUCGACACGUCGGGCGGCCGGCCCUCCCUCAUCAGCACCUUCACGUUCGACAUGGUGUCCACGUCGGCGUGGAGCCUGCCCGGCAUGGAGAUGUACAAGGCCCUGAUGAUCAUCAAGGAGCGCGCCGGCAACAGCCUCUGCCGGCAGGUGUUCUCGAUGCCGGCCUUCGACAAGCUGAUGCGCGGCGGCUACGGCCGCUUCGACGUGGUGCUCACCGAGGUGUUCGCGUCGGACUGCUGGGCCGCCGUGCCGCACAAGCUGGGCCUGCCCGUGGUCACCGUGUCCUCGGCGCCCGACGUGUCCUGGAUGCACGAGCGCAUCGGCUCCGUCGACAACCCGGCCUACAUCAACAACGUCUUCACCGACCUGAGCGGGCCCAUGACGCUGUGGCAGCGCUUCUGCAACACGGCCAGUACGCUGUGGAUCAACUACCUGUUCAAGGCCCACCUGCAGGACGCGAGCGACGAGGUGGUGCGCGAGUUCUUCGGGCCGGGCGUGCCGCCGCUCCACCAGCUCGUCAAGAACACCAGCCUCAUCCUGCUCAACCGGCACGUGAGCAUCCACGCCGCCAGGCCCGUGGUGCCCAACCUGGUGCACGUCGGCGGCCUGCACAUCAAGGCGCCCCCCGGCAAGCUGGACUCCUCGCUGCGCGCGUGGAUGGACGAGGCGCAGCACGGCGUCGUCUUCUUCUCGCUGGGCUCCCUCAUCCGCGCCGCCACCAUGCCGGCCGCCAUGCGCGACGCGCUGCUCGCCGCCUUCGCCAAGCUGCCGCAGCGCGUGCUCUGGAAGUGGGAGGACGACGGGCUGCAGGUCCCCGCCAACGUGCGCGUCGCCAAGUGGCUGCCCCAGAUGGACAUCCUCACCCACCCUAAGACUGUGCUGUUCAUCACCCACGGUGGCCUCAUGGGCACCCUAGAGUCGCUACACUCCAGCGUGCCCAUGCUGGGCAUUCCGCUGUUCGCCGACCAGAUGUCCAACAUCGAGCUCUACAUGUCGCUGGGCAUCGCGGAGAAGAUGGACUCCGCCCUCAUGACGGCGGACUACGUGCACGCCAAGAUCCACGGCAUGGUGUCCAACCCGCGGUACCUGCAGCGCGCCAAGGAGGUGGCGCGGCUGUUCCGCGACCGCCCCCGCGCCGCCAUGGCGGAGGCAGUGUGGUGGAUCGAGUACGUGGUGCGGAACCGCGGCGCCAAGCACCUGCGCCCCCUCGGCGCGGACAUGCCCCUGUACCAGUACCUGCUGCUGGACGUCGUCGCCCUGGCCCUGGCCAUGGUCGCCGCCGCCGUCCUGGCGGUCGUCUGGGCCGCGCGGCGCCUGCUCGGCGGCGCCAAGGCGGACAAGGCCCCCAAGCAUAAGCGGUCGUAAGGCCCCGCGUGGGACGAGACAGAGUGUUGCGCCAACUGUGAUACUGUUGAGGUUCGAGUCAAAGGCCGCACGCGCAGUGCAGUGUGCUGGUUCGGACAGCCGACGGCGUCGCCGACGGUCCGUCGCGUCGGUCUGCGUGCCACGUCCGUUUCUGUCCUCGGAUCUGCUGAUGCCCGAAGUAGCAGCUUCACGACGGACAGGGCAAGCCGGGGCAAGCGUCGCCCACCUACUCUGUAAAAGAUUCAAGUUACGUCCGCACUAACUGUUCAUCCUUUUACCGCGUACCAUCACACUGCUUGCGUCCGAAAGCCACGUUUCAAAAUGCUGUGAUAUCGUAUCGUGUUCUGGCAGGCCCCAAGCGGCCGAGUCAUGCCGAUUAUGUAACUGGAAAGAGGAAUAAACGGAGGUUAACCACCGGC